UCUCAAUCUAUAAAUUGGACUAAAUGCUCAAAAUAAAGCAUCAACAACCACAUCAAUGGCGGCCAUUGAUCACCAACCAUUAGUGAGUCUACGAAGAUUCGAUCUCUCUGACCUCGACGAUUUUUGGGUUUGGGCCUCUGACGAGCGGGUGGCGGCGGCCUGCACUUGGAAAGCCUACACAAACAAAGAUGAUCUCCGACGACAUAUAGAGGAGAUUGUGCUCCCGCAUCCAUGGUAUCGUGCAAUUAUUGUCAAUGGUCGCCCAGUCGGUGCAAUAUCUGUGAAAGUUCCAGAGACAGCGAACUAUCAAUGUCACGGUGAAAUAGGGUACAUGCUGGCGACUGAGCGGUGGGGAAAAGGGGUCGCAACGUCCGCGUUGAGGAUGGCGACAGAGACAGCGUUGGCGGAAAUAGAGGGAUUGGAGAGGGUGGAGGCGAUUGUGUUGGAGGAGAACAAGGCGUCUCAGAGGGUUUUGGAGAAGGUUGGGUUUAAAAGAGAAGGCGUGUUGAGGAGGUAUUUGUUAUUUAAAGGGGUGGUAAAAGAUGUUCUCAUUUAUAGUUUCAUAAAAGGAGACGCCUUUCUUAUCUAA